AAUUUCGUUUCUUUCACGCCAGUGUUUAUUGCUGCGAAAAUCAUGGCGGUUGCAAGCAAUCGAUUUGCAGAAUUACCGCCCGAGGAAAUACAGAGAUUAUUAGACAAUGCUACAGCGAAGUCAACAAUGAAAGCCACGAAGUUUGGAAUGAAAAUAUUUUACGGUGAGUUUUGUUACGCUUUACUACAAAGGUUUAUGAAAACGUCUCGAAUGACACAAACAAAAUGUUUUGUUUCAGAAUGGCAGGCGAGCCCUGGUGGCGCUAAAUUCUCGAAACCAAUCGAGGAAAUGUCGAAAGAAGAGUUAAAUGUCUGCUUGAGGUCCUUUUAUACCUCAGCAAGAAAACAGGACGGCAGUUAUUACAAAGCGACUUCGCUAAAAUCCAUUCGAUCUGCAAUUGACCGCCAUCUUCGAGCUCCGCCUCACAACAAGCCUUUCUCAGUCAUUGCCGAUGCGGCGUUUACAGAGGCAAACAAAGUCCUUGGCGCCUUCGUCAAAGAUCUGAAAUUAUCUGGCAAAAUAGAAGCUACUAUUCACAAGAAGGCCAUGACAAGGGAACACGUUCAAAAAUUAUUUGAUAGCGGUCAACUCGGGCCAGCUGAUAGCAAAAAUCCGUCGCAGCUUCAGCGUACAGCAUGGUUUUAUGUGGGGCUGUAUUUCGGUCGGCGGGGACGGGAAAGGCAACGUUUUCUGAAGCGAGAUAUGCUUGUCCAUAGAAUGAGAGAUGAAGGAGUGGAAUAUUUCGAGCUUCACAGAAAAAUGACUCCUUCUUUACCAUCUACCACUUCCGCCGACGCUGAUGACGAAGUGGAAUCUGAUACAAAGAUGUUUGCGGUACCUGGCUCCGAAAGAUGUCCAGUAAAUACGUUGAAAAACUACCUAGCACAUCUGAAUCCUACCUCUGACGUGCUGUUUCAAAGGCCCAAAGAUAGCCACAGCGCAAGGUUUAACCCUAAAGACACCGUCUGGUAUUCGCCUUCACCCAUUGGAAAGACAUUUCUUAGCUGCUUCUUAAAGGAGAUGAGCAAACGAGCUGGGAUUGUGCCGCAUCUCACCAACCACUGCUUAAGAGCGACCUCUGUCGCUGUUUUAUCGCACGGAAAUUUGCACAGCCUAGCACCUACUGCGGAAUCAUCAACUUUUGAGGUAGAGCAACGCAAAUCUUCGCUGCUGAGCAGUUUUGUUACCGCCGGCCAAGCUCCACAGCAUUGCUACACAACCCCUAGCCGUGAUGCUGAUCAAAGAGUCAUAGGAACAAUGGUCGAGAUCCAACAAGAACACCAACCCGGUGGAGAGAUAGUUUUUCAGGUUCGUAAGUUUCCAGUUUUAUUGAAAGACAAUCAAUCAGUUGCUGUGGCAAAUGUUCCCGCCGAAAGCAAUUUGGCGCAGAGUGUGAAAACAACUCCUAUCCUUCCUAAACCAGUUUAAGUAUAUUUACAGUAAUUGUUAAAAUGAGAUUUUCAUACAAAUAUCCUUCUCCGCGGCUCGGUCAAUAUUCACCUCCACCUGGGUGAUUAACCGUUAAGAAUAGAUCAGGUAAAAGAGCUCGCUGAUUAAAGCUAAGUCGGAUGGAAUUUUUUAUACAGGAAAAUUUUAAAAGAAGGAUCAAGCGAAUUCUACUUUUUUAUGUACGUAAGACUGGACCUUUAAGACUCGUUUCAUCUCUCAAAAGUUAUAGCCAUUCAUAGCUGUCGUUGAAUUUGCAUACAGAGGCAGUAAUUUCAUUUCAAGAGGUCAACACUGCUCUUAUAGGGUCAACCCUUUCACUCCCAAGUUCUCAUUAGUAAUUCUCCUUACUGUCUGCCACGUAGUUCUUGUGAUGUUAGUUUGGAGAAUUUGGUAUAGGAUCAACUAAUAAUCUCCUAAUUAAUAUUUUUCUUUAUUCUCAUCACUUGUCUGCUUGAUAUUGCAUUGAUAUUGUAAGGAGAAAUUCUGUCUUGGUCACUCAUGAGAGUUAAAGGGUUAUGGGGUGAUGGCUUUUUCGGCUAACGUAUAAAAUUCCUUUGUGACUAAAAGAAAAAACUUAACUGUUGACUUUUUUUGCGACUGACGGUUAAAAUUUGUCAAUUUUUACGCCUUAUGGAUAAAUCUUUUGGCCGUUUGACGGCCAACGGUUCAGUUCAUUGAGACCAUCUUUACGUUCUUGAGGAGUUGGGUUGAAAGCGAAGAGAUUUUCACGAGUUUUUUUUUCUGCCGUUUUUCUCCUUCAUAGACAUAUUCUCUGUUCGAUUAUCUUUGAAAUACUUGUCUUUCCAACUUUAUUCACGUCAUAUCAUAACUUCACGCAGUGUAGAUAUUUUUUUUUGGGUGCUUAUAACCCUUUCAACCGUAAGAGGGACCAGCAUCUAAUCUCUCCUUACAGUAAUAUCGCCAAAUCAUACAUUAGGGUCAUGAGAAUAUAGAGAAUGAUCGCCAGUUAUACAAAUUUCUCCUCGUGAGUACCAGAGGAUAGGGUAGAGUAUGGAGAAGAUGGAUACUGAUGUUAGGGUGUCAAGGGUUAAUCGCUUCCGUGCAGUAAUGAAUGGUUGAGAUUAUAAGUUACAUUGAAAAGUUAUACGUUUAACCCGGCAACAAUUUGCUCUGUAAAUAUACAGACCGUUUAUCUGUUUUCCGAUGUUGGUGUAGAAAUUGUCCUGCACGUUUGAAACUAUUCUCGCGACCAUUUGCUGGCAGAUAAAUGCCAAUAUUAGGAACAAUGUUCAAUGUUUACCAUUACGCCG